AUGAGUAUUGAAGUCGUUCAACGUGUGCAAGUGCCUUCAGGUACUAUAUCAACUACACAUUAUGUUCAAAAUCGUGCUCCACUGCAGCCCGUUCCUUUUCAAAAACUGCCACCAGGUGCGGUGAGAGCCGAUGGUUGGUUGCUUGGUCAAUUGAAACUACAAAUUAAUGGUUUAAAUGGGAAACUCUACGAAAUUUCCGAUUAUUUAGUUUAUGAUAAUUGUGGUUGGAUUGAUCCGACCAAAAUGGCGUGGGAAGAAAUGCCUUAUUGGCUGAGAGGAUUUGCUGAACUUGCUUUUGUCACUGGCGAUGCAGAUACUAUGUCGAUCGCUAAUCGUUGGAUGGAUGGAGUUUUACGUACACAACAAUCUGAUGGAUGGUUCGGUCCAAAUUACAUGCGAACAUCACUUGAUGGCGUUCCUGAUCUAUGGCCAGCAAUGUUAUUCUCAAAUAUUUUCCGUUCAUUGUAUGAGUGUACCAAUGAUGCCCGUGUUAUACCAUUUCUUUUGAACUGGUUUCAAUUUGUUGCUAAAGCUCCUGAUGAUUCAUUCACCCGUGGUUGGGGUGCAACUCGAUGGGCGGAGAACAUCGACAACAUCAUUUGGUUAUNAAAUUUGAAUAAGUUCUGA